AUGGCAGAAGCAGCAGCCAUGGUAGUUGCCUCUCCAGUUCUGAAACUCGUGAUGGAGAAGCUGGGUUCUGGAUUAUGGGAAGAGCUGGGAUUGGUGCGGGGUGUCAACUCUGACAUCGAGAGGCUGCAGAGCGUGCUUUCGACGAUCAACGACGUACUUGAUGAUGCCGAGAGGAGAUCCAUCAGCGACAAGGCUCUGACUGGUUGGCUGAGGAAGCUCAAGGAUGCAGCUUUAGACGCCGACGACGUGGUGGAUGAGUUCCAGUACGAAGCUAUGCGACGAAGGAACCAGAGACGUAACCAACCGAUUGGAAAGGUCAGUAACUUCUUUUCACCCAAUAACCAAAUUGCUUUUCGCCGUAAGAUGGCUCGCAAGAUUAGAAAGAUCAAUAAGAGGUUGGAGCAGAUCGCGGACGAGAAGUCAAAAUUCCAUCUGGCAGAGGGAUCUACCUCCAGAAGAACUGUCGAUCGAGAGACCUUCUCAUUUGUGAUUGAAUCCGAGGUUUAUGGGCGAGAUGAAGACAAAGAUAAUAUCAUAAAUUUCUUGGUCAGUGCGGAUGAUGGUAGUGAUGUCUCUGUGCUUCCAAUAGUUGGAUUGGGCGGAGUUGGGAAGACCACACUUGCCCAGCUGGCUUAUAAUGCUCAGGGGAUAGAGGAGCACUUUGAUCUUAAAUCAUGGGUAUGUGUUUCUGAUGAUUUUAGCAUCAAAGAAAUUAUAAAUAAGAUUAUUCAGUGUGAAGUCCCAAACUUGGAAGCUGCACAGCUUCAGCUGCAGACGAAACUGAGUGGGAGGAGUUUCUUACUUGUUCUGGACGAUGUCUGGAACGAGGAUGAAGCAAAGUGGGAGAGAUUGAAGACUUUACUGAGAUGUGGCAAGAAAGGAAGCAAGAUCGUAACUACAACACGAAGCGAUGUAGUUGCCAGGAUCAUGGGAACGGUGGCUCCGCACAAAUUGCAAGGCCUAACAGCCGCUGACUGCUGGACUCUGUUCAAGCAGAGAGCAUUUGGGCCAGGAAGAGAAGAAGAGACUCCAAGGUUGGUUGAAAUUGGGAAACAAAUUGUUGAAAAAUGUGGAGGCUUGCCUCUGGCUGCUAAGGCUCUGGGAAGUCUGAUGAGCUCUAGAAGAGGGGAGGCAGAGUGGUUACAUGUCAGAGAUAGCGAACUCUGGAGAUUGCCUGCCGACGACAAUGGUAUAUUACCAGCACUACGGUUGAGUUAUGAUCAUUUGCCUUCUAAUUUAAAGCAGUGUUUUGCCUAUUGUUCGAUAUUUCCAAAAGAUUAUGAAAUUAAAAGGGAGAAACUGAUUCAGCUGUGGAUUGCCGAAGGUUUCAUCCAAACAUUGGAUGGUGAUAUGCGUGGAGAGGAAGUUGGCAACCGAUACUUCAACAGCUUGUUGUGGAGAUCCUUUUUUCAGGAUGUCCAGAAGGAUUGGUUUGACAACAUAUGGUCGUGUAAGAUGCAUGACUUAGUCCAUGAUCUUGCAUGUUCUGUCGCCAGAGAUGAGUCCUGGAUCAUGACGGUGCACAUGGAGAGAAGCAUUCCGCCUGGAUGUCGCUAUUCGUCAGUUGUUUAUGACCCUACCAUGUCGUCAACAACUUUAAAGGCCGCUUUUGCAAGCAAGAAGUUGAGAUCACUUGUUUCGAUAAAUCGAUGGAUUGGGGCUUUUUCUUUUAAAGAAUUUGUCUUCUAUGCGAUAUCAUCUCUUGCUCUUCUGCGCGCAUUAGAUCUAUCUGGACUUCGCAUCAAAGGUUUGCCCGGCACAAUUAGUAAAUUAAAGCAUCUUAGGCUCCUUGACUUGUCGAGUACUGCAAUUGAAGCUUUACCUGGCUCGAUUACGGACCUUCACAACUUGCGGACUUUGAACCUGAAAUGUUGUAAUCAACUAAAAAGUUUGCCCGAGGGAAUCAGUAAUAUGAGCAGCCUCAGACACCUGGACAUCCGGGGAUGUAGCAGAUUGAUUUGCAUGCCCCGUUGGUUGGGCCGGUUGAGCAACCUCCAAACAAUGACCAUGUUUGUCGUGGGCAAAGAGCAUGGACGUGGUAUUUCCGAGUUGGAGCAGCUAAAUUUGGUCAGUGGUGAUCUAGAAAUCAACAGCCUUGCCAACGUACAAGAUCCAAUGGAAGCCACGAAAGCGAACUUGGCAACAAAGAUAAACCUGCGUUCGUUGGAAUUGAUGUGGAGUAGGGUCUCAUCCGAAGCAUUGGCAGCACCCCGUGUAGCAGUGGUGGAAGAA